AUGGCAGGCGGCUCGCGUUCUCGAUCGCCUCGUCGUCAAGGGCGAUCGGAGGAUGCAGAUGGCCGCCGACACCACGACAAAGCAGGCGACCGAGAUGGACGCGGCGCCGACCGGGAUGGCGAUCGCGACCGAAACCGUGACCGUGACCACCGAGACCGCGACCGCGAUGGAGAUAGGGACAGAGACAGAGACAGGGACAGAGACCGACCCCGCCGGCCACGGGGUACGGGCGGCUUUCGCUGGAAAGACAAACGGCCCGACAGCCUAGGCGAGGAAGAUAAUCGUCGUGGCGGAACUUUGGAGCGCGGCUACCGGAACCGGUCGCCGCGUCGAGGUCGGGACCGGGAUCGAGACCGAGACCGCGACCAUCAAGGGAGAGACAGCCGUGACGACCGCAUAUACAAUCAAAGGAGGGACCAAGACCGCAGCAGCAGGCCGUCGGCGUCGUCCUCGGCAGCCCCUGCCCCUGCAGCCCCUGCACCCUCCGGACCCGGCGAGGAGAUGAUUGUCGUUCACAUCAACGACCGUCUCGGCACCAAGGCAGCCAUCCCAUGCUUCGCCUCGGACAAGGUUCGCGAGUUCAAAAUCAUGGUUGCCGCCCGCAUCGGACGCGAGCCGCACGAGAUCUUGCUCAAGCGGCAGGGCGAGAGACCGUUUAAAGAUCAGUUGUCGCUUGAGGACUAUGGCGUGAGCAACGGGGUUCAGCUUGACUUGGAAGUAGACACGGGUGACUGA